AUGAAAGAGAAAGAGACGAUGCUGGGAAAGAAACGCAAGAUGCAGACUAUGACGAGUUCAAGCAAAGCUGCUGGAACUCUUUCAUACAGCAGAAGUCUCUUUGAAAGGUUUCAGCUAGCAGGUUGUCCAACGUUGAUGUUAACUGUUCAGUAUAGGAUGCACUCUCAGAUACGCGAUUUCCCUUCAAGAUAUUUCUACCAAGGACGCCUCACGGACAGUGAAAGUGUUACCACUGCUCCUGAUGAGAUCUACUACAGGGAUCAUGUUCUCAAGCCUUACCUUUUCUUUGAUAUUAGCCAUGGACGGGAAUCCCAUAGAGGUGGAUCGGUGUCUUAUGAGAACAUUGAUGAAGCUCGCUUCUGUGUCGGGCUGUACAUGCAUCUUCAGAGAACUCUGAAGUCAUUAGAGGGGGGUAAAGUCUCUGUUGGGGUAAUAACUCCAUAUAAGCUGCAGCUGAAAUGCCUGAAAAUGGAGUUUGGAAAUGCUUUGGGCCAAGAUGAGCUGAAAGAGAUUUAUAUCAAUACUGUAGACGCGUUUCAGGGUCAGGAGCGUGAUGUCAUAAUCAUGUCAUGUGUGCGUGCUUCCAGUCACGGGGUUGGGUUUGUUGCUGAUAUCCGGCGGAUGAAUGUUGCCCUCACACGUGCCAAAAGGGCUCUAUGGGUGAUGGGAAAUGCAUCUGCUCUGAUGAAAUGUGAGGACUGGGCAGCACUGAUCACGGACGCUCGAGCAAGGAACUGUUUUGUGGAGAUGGAGUCUCUUCCCAAGGAUUUCCCGGUACCAAAGGUACCUAGCUUUAUGACAAAAGCGCCUAAUCCUAGAGGUUUCAGAACAGGUGGACCAAGAACCAGGUCCAUCGAUAUGCACAGUGAACCUAGACCAGGGACACCAUCAGAAGACAAAGAGAAGCUUAGCACAACAACAUUUUCGAGAAAUCGAAAGUUCCUAAGGGAGGAUUCAGUUGAUGAUUCUGGUCAGUCUGGGGAUAGAUAUGGAGAUGGUUGGCAACAUGGGAUACAGAGGAGGCAAUGUUUUGGACGGCCUUUCGGUAGAAGAGACUAAUUUCCAAAAUCAAACUGCUCUGACUGGAAGAGCUAGCUACUGUGCUAUUAAUUUUAGGAUUCAGAGUGUCCAAAGACCCCUUAACUCCUACAGUGCCCGAUUGUUUUUUACGCGGAGCUUCGUUGGUUAUUUGUAUAGAUGCUUUAAUGCUCCAAAGUUGGCAGCAAUCAACUGGGCUGCAAUGCACACACUGCAGCUGGUACUAGCAGUGAGGCGAAGAGGCAAGAUCCAUGGCCAUUUACUUUUGUCCAGGGCUCUCCUGGAACAGACAAGAUACACAGAGUAUGGGGAAUGCUUAAUGUUAUCCAUUUGGUUCAGUAACAUCAGCAUUAUUACAGCCCAACUGCUCUGAACGUCCCUCUCUGGAAGAGCUACUUUGCUCUUAAUUUAGAUCACUUAAGAGCUCAGUGUGUUAGUGUUUUGUACAUAUGAAUUUUCAUGUCUUGUGCUGGAAUUAUGAAACUGUUUUUUUUUUCUUCAUUAUAUUUGUUUCUUAUUUAGA